AUGACACGUGCUAUUUCUGCUGUAACCAUUCCUACGAAGCAUCGUCAAACUCAGGCAAAUGUCAUGAAUGCAUCACGUGAACAACACCUGACAUGGCCGACUUGCGUCCCUGCUCAAAAAGUGAUUCAUUAUUUCAUUUUUGUUUCGGCCGUCUCCCUCUUCCGACUGAUUCUCUUCUUUUUCGUAACCCCUCUCUCUAGAUCUUACUUUUGUUUAGCUUCUCUCCCUCUUUCGGCUAGACCCCCUUUAAUAUUACUCGUACUAUUUCUCUUUUUCGUAACCCCUCUCUCUAGAUUUUACUUUUGUUUAGCUUCUCUCCCUCUUUCGGCUAGAGCCCCUUUAAUAUUAUUAUUACUAUUUCUCUUUUUCGUAACCCCUCACUCUAGAUUUCCCUGUUUUUUGUCCGUCUCCCUCUCAGCUUAUCAGCACUCUUAUUUCUCUCUCUUUUCAUCAUUUUGUCGCUUGUUCCCCUCAAUGAACAUGCACAAUCCCCUUGCAAAUAAUUUUACCACCCAACUUUUUAUAUUUUUUUACUUCUUCUACUUAAAGACUACGGCUAUCUUUCACUCACAUCUCCGCUUUUUCUACAUUUCUCUUUCUUUUUUUCUUUUUCUGUUUUUCUGUUUGUUUCAGCUUCUAAUUUACAACAAGUAA